UAACAAAGCAGGCGGGGAUUCUAAUGAAUUAAACAUGUAACGAUUCGGAAUUCAUGGCCGACUGUCACUGACAUUCGUCUGGAAGGUGUUACAGUGUAUACUAGGCCACACUUUGAGCUGUUCGUUGAGUUGUUGAUAGCACGGACAAGGGAUUGGACAAUUCUAAAUGUGUUUAUACUGGGCUAGUUGUUCAAAUCCAUUCUUGAUUUUUGUGAACCCGAGACAAAGGGUUAUAUGACAUUGUCAUGGCUGACAGUCUAUAUACCUCAGAGCGAUUGUGCAAGGUGAUCACACAGAAUUUCAGAGAGGAUAUCGAACUGAAACAAAGACUGAGAGCACUUGAAGGAAAAAGACGUCAGGCUUUGGUGCGGAUUAUUCUGAAAACUCUAGAAAUCGAGAGAGAUAUCGGACCCUUGCUACUUCCGGGUGUGUCAAAGUCUGCUAUCCGUGCUUAUCGCCGGUAUAACAAAAGACCAGCAGACCACUCGAGUUCAUCUGGCGACAGUAAAAAAAUUGUGGACAGACGAGCUAUCAACGAGAAAAGUUACCAGGAGCUGAUCGAAUACAGGUUCGCCCAAAUCAGGGCAAAUACGAACAACGAUCCCGACAGCGUUACCUUCCUUAGAACCCGCUCUGCGUUCAACUCACUACGACUACCAGACAUCUACAGCGCCAAAAGAAUGACAGAGAGCUCAGAAAAACAGCCUAUACCGGAGAUGACCAGGGGCUCACAGAAGUUCAUCUUGGCAGUAGCCUCACGGUCUGGUCAACCACGGAGAGCACCACAGACCGGAUGUACUUCGUCUGGGUUCACUAACGGGCGUCCGACCACUGUAGACUUCACACGAAAACUAAAUUGACUCCUUUUUCUUUGGUUGUAAACAUGUAAAUCGAUUCCUCCAAGUUACUAGUAUAGCGCAUGCAUGACGUCCAGUGACGUCUUCUAUAUCCUUUUCUGGCACGUUUGUCAUUGGUUAGAAAGUGUCAGUUACACAUGAAAGCAGUAUUGUUUAAUUGUCGUGAUGUACAUUGACGUGGUAUCUCAACCGUUGGCUUUCUACAAAUACCAUUAAUUGUCUAAUUUUCAUGAGAUAUCAUUCACAUUGAAUAAAC